UUCAAAAGGUUGUUUCCGUAUUUUCUCUGACGCGUUCAAAACUUCCAUAGCUUGUUUAAACAACCUUCCCUCUCUCAGGUUCUUCUCCUUUCGUUAAAAGAAGAUGAGUGUUGUUGGAUUUGAUUUUGGAAACGAGAGCUCCAUUGUUGCUGUUGCAAGUCAGAGAGGUAUUGAUGUUGUGCUUAAUGAUGAAUCAAAGAGUGAAACGCCGUCGAUUGUAUGCUUUGGGGAGAAGCAGAGAUUCAUUGGGACUGCAGGGGCGGCAUCUUAUACAAUGAACCCUAAGAAUUCGAUUUCUCAGAUAAAACGUUUGAUUGGCCGUCGGUUCUCAGAUCCUGAGUUGCAAAGGGAUCUCAAAUCAUUGUCUUUCAAUGUCACUGAGGGUCCUGAUGGAUAUCCUUUGAUUCAUGCUCUUUAUUUAUGUGAAAUAAGAACUUUUACCCCAACCCAAGUACUGGGAAUGAUUUUGUCGAAUCUGAAAAGCAUAUCCGAGAAGAAUCUGAAUGCAGCAGUGGUGGAUUGCUGCAUUGGAAUUCCUGUAUAUUUCACUGAUCUUCAAAGAAGGGCAGUGGUAGAUGCAGCCCAAAUUGCAGGUUUGCAGCCUCUUCACUUGAUUCAUGAAACUACAGCAACAGCAUUGGCAUAUGGUAUUUAUAAGACCGAUUUACCUGAAAAUGACCAAUUAAAUGUGGCCUUUGUUGAUAUUGGACAUGCUAGCAUGCAAGUUUGUAUUGUUGGCUUCAAGAAGGGGCAACUCAAGAUAUUGGCUCAUUCGUUUGACCGCUCUUUGGGUGGUAGAGAUUUUGAUGAAGUUCUCCUUCAUAAUUUUGCGGCAAAAUUUAAAAAGGAAUACAAGAUUGAUGUCUUCCAGAAUGCAAGGGCUUCUAUUAGGAUUCGGGCUGCUUGUGAGAAGCUAAAGAAGGUACUUAGUGCCAAUCCUGAAGCGCCUUUGAAUAUUGAGUGCUUAAUGGAUGAGAAGGAUGUUAGGGGUUUCAUUAAGAGACAGGAGUUUGAGCUGCUCAGUGCUUCUAUUUUGCAACGUGUGAAGAGACCUUUAGAGAAGGCUCUUGCUGACGCUAAACUUGUUGUUGAGGAUGUUCACAUGGUUGAGGUUGUCGGCUCAGCUUCUCGUGUUCCUGCUAUUUUGAAAAUCCUCACGGAGUUCUUUGGUAAAGAGCCUAGGCGCACAAUGAAUGCUAGUGAAUGUGUCGCAAGGGGAUGUGCUUUACAAUGUGCAAUUCUUAGUCCCACAUUCAAAGUUCGAGAUUUCCAGGUCAAUGAGAGCUUCCCUUUCCCAAUUUCUCUAUCGUGGGAAGGGUCUGCUUCUGAUCCUCAGAAUGGAGGAGUGGAACAACAGCAACUAAUUUUUUCCAAGGGAAACUCAAUACCCAGUGUCAAGGCUGUGACAUUCCAUAAGAUGAGUACUUUCAGUGUUGAUGUUCUAUAUUCUGAUGUAUCCGAUUUGCAGAUCCUGGCGAAGAUCAGUACAUACACUAUUGGUCCUUUUCCAACAAUAAGAAGUGAACGACCUAAAUUGAAGGCCAAAUUUCGCCUGAAUUUGCAUGGGAUUGUGUCCCUUGAGUCAGCAAGCCUCUUGGAAGAGGAAGAAGUUCCAGGUUCAAAAGAACCAACCAAAGGAGAUACAGAUGUCAACAUGCAAUAUGCCAAAAGUAUAUCCGAUGAAAAUGGUGUUUCCGAAUCAGGUGACAAGCCAGUGCAAAUGGAGAUCGAUACCAAAGUUGAGGUUCCCAAGCAGAAGGUGAAGAAAACAAACAUACCAGUGGCAGAGUUGGUUUAUGGUGCAAUGUUACCUGAAGAUGUUCAAAAGGCGGUCGAGAAAGAGUUCGAAAUGGCUUUGCAAGAUAGGGUUAUGGAAGAAACGAAGGAUAAAAAGAAUGCUGUUGAGGCUUAUGUCUAUGACAUGAGGAAUAAGCUUAGUGAUAAAUACCAUGAUUUUGUCACUGCUUCGGAGAAGGGAGAGUUCACUUUUAAGCUUCAGGAAACAGAGGAUUGGCUAUACGAAGACGGUGAGGAUGAAACAAAGGGUGUCUAUAUCGCCAAGCUCGAAGAGCUUAAGAAGCAAGGGGAUCCUAUCGAAGAACGUUACAUAGAGUACACAGAGAGGGGAGCCGUCAUCGAUAAGUUUGCCUACUGCAUUAACAGCUACAGGGAGGCAGCCAUGUCAAAUGAUCCCAAAUUUGAUCACGUUGAACUUGCUGGCAAGCAAAAGAUCUUAAAUGAGUGUGCCGAAGCUGAGGCAUGGUUUAGAGAGAAAAAACAACAGCAGGACCAACUUUCUAAGUAUGCCACUCCAGUUCUUUUAUCGGCUGAUGUGAGGAGGAAGGCUGAAGCACUAGACAGGAUUUGCCGGCCAAUACUGACGAAACCUAAACCAACAACACCCGAAUCACCAUCAACCCAAUCUCCAAGACCACAGGGUGCAUAUGCCAAUGAUAACCCGAACUGA